UUCACUUUCAGUUCAUGAGUAUAAGUUCCAGCUCCCCCGGUUAUCAGAGCAGAGGCAGACAAACUCUGACUUCAGGAAUUUCUCCGUUUUGUUUGCUGAAAGAUGGGGAAAGAACAAAGCAAGCUGGAACAGGAAGGCUAUGUGGUAACACAAAAAAUACAAAAAGAAAAUGACAUUGUUGCCACAAAAGAUGGUGAUUCAUUCUACAUUAAGAUGGUCCCUCUAAAGCAUUCUGCUACUCCAAACGCACUGACCUCAGAGAUAGAAACCCUUCAGAAUUUAGAUCAUCCCCAUCUCGUGAAAAUAAAAAACUAUUUUAAAGAUGAGAGUCAGAAGAUCUCCUAUGUAGUGAUGGAGAACUGCCAUGGGGGGAGCCUUGCUGAUAAGAUUAGAGAAAUGCCAUCAGAGACCCCACGAGAAUCCAAGGUUCUGAGCUGGAUUGCUGAGAUCUGUAUGGCCCUAAAAGCCAUUCACGAAGUUGCUUUGCUUCACAAAGAUCUGAUGCCAAAGACUGUACUCUUUACAGAAUUUGGACUAGUGUGCUUGGGUGGAUUCGGAAACAUACAUGAAAAUUCAAAGAAACUGUCAUCAGUGACUUCAGAGCCAACAAUAAAUUAUCUGGCACCUGAAGUCUUUACAGAGGGCACCUAUGAUGCCAAAAGUGACAUUUGGUCGGUUGGAUGCAUCCUCUAUGAGCUUUGUACAAAACAGCGAGUGUUCACUGAAGAGAUGGCAAUCAAGCUCAUGCCUAAGAUCAUCCGUGCUGAAUACGCACAACUCCCAAGUGAGUUUUCCUUUGAGCUUUGCGAUCUCUUGAGUGACCUUCUGAAGAAAGAUCCCAGAGAUAGACCCACAGCCAGUGAGAUUCUGGCACGUCCUAUCAUCAUCAGAUGUCUCAGGGCAAAGUGUCAAACAACAGUGGAAGAACUUCAGAUCAAGCUGGAGAAGCUGAGAGCUCUGGCUGAUGGUCUUGAGCGUGUUCAUGAGGGGACCACCAUCGGCAGUCUAACAGGAGGAGUGAUUGGAGCAGUGGGAGGAAUUACUUCCAUAGUGGGGCUUAUACUGGCACCAUUCACUUUUGGAGCCUCACUUAUUGUCACUGGAGUUGGUGUGGGGGUGGGUGUUGUUGGUGGAGUCACUGCUGGUGCCUCAAACAUCACAAAUAUGAUCAACCAGUCUUCUGAUCGUAAAGCUGUCCGCAGCAUAAUUAAAGACUUUGAACAGAAUAUCAGUGCAGUUGUCUCCUGGCUUGUGGAGAUUAGCUAUAGUUUGCAAACCAUCGGUAGCAGUUGUUCACAAGCAUGUGAUGCUGAUGGCAGCGUCACAGCAGAAAAUCUAAAAAGGAUUGGCUUUCGGGCAGGAAAAGGCCUCAGUGGCGUUGCUGAGCUAAUCCGACUGGUUAGUGUGUUAAACAUUGGCAAGAUUGCUGCACAGACGUCAAGGGUAGUGCGUGUGGCAGAGGUUGCAACAGGUGUACUGUCUGGUUUGUUUGUGGCAGUGGAUAUCUUCUUCAUUGCAAUGGAUGCUAAAGAGAUUCACCAUAUUAGGGAAGCAAGGGAAGUAGAGAGGACAGGCACAGCUUCUCCCCAAUCAGAGGAUGAAAAUGAUAACCCUGCAUCUACCUCAGAUAUAACUAUGCAACUUAACGGCUCAUUGAUGCAAGAAUCUGACCGUGCUGAAAACAAUCAGACAGCAAAGCAGUCAGCCUCAACAAAAGCUGAUAUCAGAUCAGAAGUCAUGAAAUUUGUGAAAGCAGUCAGGGAGGCAGCAGAAAACUUGGAAAAGGUCUUAGGUGAGUUAAAAACUGCUGUCCAAUCCAUCCCUUCAUUUCAAGAAAACAAUGAGCUGGAAUGGCAGAAUAUGGAAUGAAUUUAAACAGUUAGAAGCAGUCUCUUAUUCCCUAAUGGCAAUUUAGUUAUACAACAAAACAUUUUAAUGGAAUUUAUGCAAUUUAUCUUUCUCUGGCCUCUGCCCUGCCCUUAGCAUUUGUUUCACUCCUGUGUGGCAAUGCAGGAGUGAAACAUAUAGCCCAGUAACAUAUAGCGAUAUAACAUAUAUAGCGAUAUAACACUUAUAUUUCUCUAUAAUGUUGAGCUUUACAAUAUAUAUAUUGUCAAUAUUUUCAAUUUUCAAGACAGAACAAUUACACUUCAUAUCUUUUCUUUCAAUGCUUAUUUUCAAAUUUAUUAAGGCACUGAAUCUAAAGUUAACCUGGUCAAAAAAGAGAAGUGCUUUUUACUGAAAAUGGUCAUAAUGACUUUAAAAUUGCCUUUCUACAACAUCGAACCUAGAGUUUACCCUUAUAUUCAUGAAUAUAUUGUGGCUUUAUUGUUUUUCACAUGCAUUUGUUGAAUUUAACCUACUGUGAUUAAGGCAAUAAACUGAUUUGAAAAACCA